GUUCUCUGACGGCCCCAGCCAGGGAAUUUCAAUUUGAAACCUAGCGGAGGGAGGAGGCGGCUGCGCGGUGGCGCGGCGGGACGGCGGCUGGAACGGGUCGGGUCCCCGGACUAGCGAGCUCGUUAGAGGCGGCGUCCGGUAUAAGCUGUAACCAUGACUACUGAAGUUGGCUCUGCAUCUGAAGUGAAGAAGGACUCUGACCAGGUGGGAGCAGAUGGAACCAAGGAAAAAGUUAAAGAAGUAGCAGAAAAUCAACAGAAUCAGCUGUCUGAGCCCAAGGAGGAUAAAGGUUCUCAGCCAGCUCCUACAGCUGAAAGCCAAAGUAGUCCGCGCUGCCGAAAGAGAGAGAAGGAUCUGUCUGAAAGCAGGGGCAUUUCUCGAUUCAUACCCCCAUGGCUUAAGAAACAGAAGUCUUAUAACUUAGUAGUAGCCAAAGAUGGGGGAGAUAAAAAAGAGCCUACCCAAGCUGUUGUGGAAGAACAGAUCUUAAAUAAAGAAGAUUCCCUUCCUGAAGAAGAGAGUUGGGCUAAGGGUGAUGCUGAAGAGAUGGCUCAGAGGAAACACCUUGAGGUCAAGGUAGAGGUCAAGGAAGAAAAGCCUUCCUUGAGCAGUGCUGAGAUCCAGCCUGCAGAAGAAGUGAGGAAGGACAGAAAAGAGGAAAAGGUAAAGGAAAUACAGGAAGACAAAUCAGAAGAAGCAGCAGCAAAAAGGGAGACUAAGGAAGUGCAGACCAAUGAGCUGAAAGCAGAGAAGACGUCACAGAGAGCUACCAAGAAGACCAAAACCGUCCAGUGUAGAGUAAUUCUUCUCGACGGCACCGAGUACAGCUGUGACCUGGAGAAAUGUGCUAAGGGACAAGUGUUAUUUGACAAAGUAUGUGAACACCUCAAUCUUUUGGAGAAGGACUACUUUGGACUUCUGUUUCAAGAAAAUCCUGAGCAGAAAAUGACUACAUCAUGGACCGGAAGGAACUGGAUAUGGACAGAUAACAUUCAACAGAACUGGCUAGAUCCUGCAAAAGAAAUAAAGAGACAGCUGCGAAACCUUCCCUGGCUGUUCACUUUUAAUGUGAAAUUUUAUCCUCCUGAUCCUUCUCAACUGACUGAAGAUAUCACUAGAUACUUCUUGUGCCUUCAGCUGCGGCAAGACAUCGCCUCUGGCCGCCUGCCCUGCUCUUUUGUGACGCAUGCCCUCUUGGGAUCGUACACACUGCAGGCUGAGCUUGGGGACUAUGACCCAGAAGAGCAUGGCAGUAUUGAUCUGAGUGACUUCCAGUUUGCACCGACACAGACGAAGGAGCUGGAAGAGAAGGUGGCAGAACUGCAUAAAACCCACAGGGGCUUAUCUCCAGCACAAGCUGAUUCUCAGUUCUUAGAAAAUGCAAAGAGGCUUUCCAUGUAUGGUGUUGACUUGCAUCAUGCCAAGGACUCAGAAGGAGUGGAUAUCAAGUUGGGCGUGUGUGCUAAUGGCCUUCUCAUUUACAAAGACAGACUGAGAAUUAAUCGGUUUGCCUGGCCAAAAAUCCUGAAAAUUUCCUAUAAGCGCAGCAAUUUCUACAUUAAAGUUAGACCAGCAGAGCUGGAACAGUUUGAGAGCACCAUUGGAUUCAAACUGCCAAACCAUCGGGCAGCUAAAAGGCUAUGGAAAGUAUGCGUGGAACAUCACACUUUCUACAGGCUUGUAUCUCCAGAGCAGCCACCAAAGGCCAAGUUCCUGACCUUGGGGUCCAAAUUCCGCUAUAGUGGCCGCACCCAGGCACAGACACGCCAGGCAAGCACUCUCAUCGACAGGCCAGCACCACACUUUGAACGUGCUUCUAGUAAACGGGUCUCCAGGAGCCUAGAUGGAGCUCCGAUUGGUGUUGUGGACCAGAGUCUUAUGAAGGAUUUUCCUGGCCUCCCUGGAGAAGUUUCAGUAUAUGGCCCUGGAGUUGUCAACAUACAAGAUGGCGACAGCCGGAGGGAUGUCAGAAGCCCAACUAAAGCUGCUCAUUUGCAGUUAGCUGAGGGAAAGAAAAAUACCUUGAGAGUAGAAGGGGAUAAUAUUUAUGUCAGACAUAGCAAUUUAAUGUUGGAGGACCUGGAUAAGGCCCAGGAAGACAUACUGAAACAUCAGGCUAGCAUUAGUGAACUCAAGCGCAAUUUUAUGGAAUCCACACCUGAGCCGCGCCCUAAUGAAUGGGAAAAACGACGUAUCACACCUCUGUCCCUGCAGAUGCAAGGGAAAAAAGGAGAACAUCUUUUCAAGGAUAUUUUAUCCAUGAAGGAGAAGUACCUGAUGACAGCAACACGGACAGUUGAAGAGAAAGCUCAGGAGGCGGACAAGAGUUCACAUGAGACUCUGAAUGUAGUGGAGAAGAAGCAGGCAGAGGUUGGGAAAGACGAAAGAGUAAUCACAGAAGAAGUGAAUGGUAAAGAGCUGUCACCUGGGAGUGGUCCUGGGGAGAUUCGUAAGGUGGAGCCUGUGACACAAAAAGACUCCACCUCCCUGUCUUCUGAGAACAGCAGCAGCAGUGAGAGUGAGGAGGAAGAUGUGGGAGAGUACCAACCCCAGCACCGUGUGACUGAGGGCACCAUAAGGGAAGAGCAGGAGGAGUAUGAUGAAGAGACGGAGGAAGAGCCCGGCCAAGCAGCCAAGGUAGUAGAGAGGGAGGCAGCAGUGCCUGAAGCCAGCUCAGACAGACAAGCAGGGGCCAGUGUAAUCACAGUAGAGACAGAGGCCCAGGAAAAUGUAGUUGCCCCAAAGAUACCUGAAGAGAAGAGUGCACAUGAAGGCACUGUUAAGCAAGACAUGAAAGAAGAAACAGAGGAAGAACAACAUAAAGUUAACGGAGAGGUGUCCCAUGUUGACAUUGAUGUUUUGCCAGAAAUUAUUUGUUGUUCAGAGCCACCAGUGGUAAAAACAGAGAUGGUAACAAUUUCUGAUGCCUCACAAAGGACAGAAAUCUCCACCAAGGAAGUCCCCAUUGUUCAAACUGAGACCAAAACCAUCACAUAUGAGUCUCCACAGAUUGAUGGCGGGGCUGGUGGUGAUUCGGGCACGUUACUGACAGCACAGACCAUCACAUCUGAGUCCGUGUCAACAACGACAACCACACACAUCACCAAGACCGUGAAAGGUGGAAUAUCUGAAACGAGAAUUGAGAAACGCAUCGUGAUCACAGGAGAUGCAGAUAUUGAUCAUGACCAGGCGCUGGCUCAGGCAAUCAGGGAAGCCAGAGAGCAGCACCCUGAUAUGUCGGUCACAAGGGUGGUAGUGCACAAAGAAACAGAGCUGGCGGAAGAAGGAGAGGAGUAAGAAAGUUCAUUUUUUAAAACAACGUCCAACUUCAUGAAUCUGAAGAAUUUUGAGCAUUCCAAGUCUUAACGUCACACCACUACUCCAGCAAAUUUGUGCUACAACUGGUAACAAUGACCAGAAGCCUGAAGAAUUAAAAUGCCAACAUCAAACCUUACCUUAACAGCUCUGGUCUAUUACUGUUCCUGUGCAUUGUUUAAUAUAUUAUUUGUUUUAUAACCACUUCUAAAUAUUCUUGUCUCUCCAUCCCCCCCUCCAUCUUUGUUAAGAGGUUUUGGUUUUGUUUCCUUUCCUACCCACUUUUUGUGACUCAUUUGCUCAAAUGACAGUGAACAAAGCCAGCCCCAGCUGGUAAGGUGCUGUUCACUUGAACAGGUGCUGUUAUAUGGAAAGGAAACUCUAUGACUAAUUUAGAUAGUGAUUUUCAUUCUUCAUGCUUCUUUCUAUUGAGUUCUUACAGCCAAUAUUUACAGUUUUCAGAUUGCAGUAAAUACACUGCAUGAGAAAAUAUUAAUACCCAUUAAAAGCAUUUCUUACAUCUUGAAAAUUUUCUAAUGUUUGAGAAUUUCACUGGGGAUGUUUUUAUAUUAAACCCUUUUGACUUUCCAGUCCUGUGACUUUUUACUUUUAGUAGAGAGUCAGAGAAUCUCCAGACUGGAGAAUUACGAAGUUUUGUGACCAUGCACUGUGUUGAGAGACCUGUCACACCACAGUGCCAUUACUUUUCAGAAACAUGCUCUUCGUCAGCAUUCCAGAACAGGAGGGAGGAAAACAAGAACACUUGUUUUCUCUCUUCUUCUAAAAAAUCAGGCAGCUUAAAAUCUUAGUGCUUUCUUUCUUAAUGGUUCCAAAUUUCAAUACUUUGCAUUAUUUGAACAUUUGGGUAGAAUACUUGCUUUGUAUUAAAACUUUUUGUCUACAUGUGAAACUGACCUUUUGUUAUUGAGCAGGCAUAUCUCUUUAAGAUAGCUUGAUGAUUUGCAGGUUUGAAGAUGCUGGGAAGGAGAGGGUAGGGGGAAAUGGUGGGGUUUUUGUUGAUUAUAAGAAGGCUAUGCCAUUUAAAGCUGACACCAGAGCCCUGGUAGGGACUUAUUAACUGUAUUGAACAUUUCUCCUUUGCUUUUGACCCUAUGUAUAGUUAUGAUGCCAGAUUAGAUUUUAUAGCAGCUUCAAGUUGUAUUAAAUGAUAUUUUGCUUUAUGUAAUACUGUUAUAAAAUAAAGUUUGUUUAUUCUCUAAA